AUGCACUCAUCUCAAGCCAUGGCGCAACAAGAACUAGAUGCCACGUACUACUACAAUCACCUCUUCAUGGCCACCGUCCUGCUACUCCCUAUCCUCCUCAUCGCCAUGUCCAAGCCACGCGAGCACGGCGGCGAGAACCUUCCCCCCGGGCCACGGCGGCUGCCGGUCAUCGGCAGCAUGCACCACCUCGUCGGCGCGCUCCCCCACCACGCCAUGCGUGACAUCGCCCGCCGGUACAAUGCUCCGCUCAUGCUGCUCCGCCUGGGGCAGCUUGACGUUGUUGUGGCCUCGUCAGCCGGUGCAGCGAGGGAGAUCAUGAAGACCCACGACGCGGUAUUCGCCACGCGGCCGCGGACCGCCACCCUCCGCGCCAUCACGAGAGACGACCUCGGCAUCACCCUUACACCGCACGGCGAGCACUGGCGCCGCCUUCGCAAGCUCUGCGUCACCGAGCUACUCAGCGCGCCGAAAGUCCGGUCCCUCCGGGGAUGCCGCGAGGCCAAGGCCGCCGCCCUAGUCUCCUCCAUCGUCUCGUCGCUAUCGUCUUCCUCGGAUCCUGUGAACGUCAGAUCCCUCCUCAGCACCUACGUCACCGACGUGGCGGUGCACGCGGUGGUGGGCAACCGGAACGGGGAACUUCGAGAUGAGUUCCUGAAGCGCCUCAACGAGGGCGUCAUGCUGGCCGCCGGGUUCAGCCUCGCCGACCUGUUCCCAUCGUCGCGCCUCGCACGUGCCUUUAGUGGAUCGACGCGCCGGCUGGAGGCGAUAUGCCACGAUAUGAGCCGGGUCAUAGACCACAUCAUCGAGGACCACCGCACGAGGAGGUCGGCCGGCGCCGGCGGCGAGGAAGAAGACAUCGUGGACGUGCUACUGAGGAUCCAGAAUGACGGUAGCCUCCACGUGCCUCUUGACGAUGGAACCAUCCGUGCCGUGAUCACCGAUCUGGUUUCGGGGGGUAGCGAGACCACGGCGACGACACUCCAAUGGGUGAUGGCGGAGCUCAUGCGGAGCCCGGCGGCGCUCUGUAGGGCACAAGCAGAGGUGCGUGGUGCCCACACCAGGGAGAGCCGCGUCCGUGAGGAGGCCCUGAAGGGGCUGCACUAUCUGCAUUUAGUAAUCAAAGAGACGCUUCGACUACACCCAGUGGUGCCGUUUCUCAUCCCACGGGAGUGUUUGGAACCCUGCCGUGUCCUCGGCUAUGACGUGCCCAAGGGCGCCAUGGUGCUUGUCAACGCAUGGGCAAUCGGGCGGGAUUCGGCGAGCUGGGGCACUGAUGCCAAGGAGUUCCGGCCAGAGAGAUUCGAGGAGGCUGGUGACGCGGCGGCGGCCUUCAGAGGAACAAACUUCGAGCUCGUGCCUUUCGGCGCUGGUAGGAGGAUCUGCCCUGGGAUAACGUUUGGGCUUGCUGUUGUGGAGCUCAUGCUAGCGAGCCUGUUGUUCCAUUUCGACUGGGAGCUCCCCGGAGGAGGCGCCGGUGGGCUAGACAUGGCGGAGGAGCUCGGGAUCACGGCGAGGAGGAAGGGUGACCUAUGGUUGCAUGCCACCGUUUCGUGUGCCUGCUCCUAA